AUGGCAGAUGAGUUUAAUACAAGAACAAAUUGGUGGGAUUCAUCGAGGACAGCCGGUUCAUCUUCUGGGUUAAACAAUAGCUUUGGUUGGGCCACUGAAAUGGCUGAUAUCAAAACAACAGCUGCAGCAAGGUCUUCAAUGGAUUCGGUCUCAUCGGUUUUGGGUAGUUCGGUUCUUCAAGCCAUGGAUUGGAACCAAGCUUUUGCCCGUGGGGAGAAGCCUGAGUCUAGUUUCAGUUCCAUGCUUCAAGACCAUAGCCUAUUAACCUGGUUACAUUUCUCAAACAAUGCUCCUUUUUGGAACCCAUCUUCAGCUUCCAUGGCUGAUCAUGUUAAGCCUGGGGUUUUCCCAUCAUUGCAACCCCAGUUUCCAACGGGAACCUUCGAUGAAAAACCAAAGAAGAAAAGUGGAAACGAAUCCACUUCUAAAAGGCCACGAAAUGAAACCCCAUCAACUAUGCCAGCUUUUAAGGUGAGAAAAGAGAAGAUGGAGGACAGAACCACUGCACUCCAACAGUUGGCUUCAUCUUUCGGAAAAACUAAUACAGCCUCAGUGCUCUCAGAAGCCAUUGAAUACAUAAAGUUCCUCCAUGAACAAGUCAGUGCUUUAAGUAUCCCAUACAUGGAAAACAACGAAGCUGCCAUACAAUACCAGCAGGAUCCUGAGAAAUCCAAUGACCCUGAAGGGAAUCUAAGAAGCCGAGAACUAUGCUUGGUGCCGGUGUCCAGCGCAUUUCCAUUGACACACGACUCGCCUGUUGACUUCUGGACACCAACAUUUGGAGCAACUCUCAGGUAG